AUGACAGAGGCUCCACCUUCUCAAAAGAAUUUGCAACAAGUCUUGGACCGCCAACCGGACUUCACUAAUAAUAGUCCAUUAGACCAAUUUUUUGAUUCUUUACAAUCGCAGCUCAGCUCAAAAAUCUCAGAUGAUUCUCGCAUCUCGCUGUAUAAAGAAGUUGAUUUUUCGAGCAACAAAGAAUUUGUGGCGUAUCUUUUGAAUAAACUCGUUGAUCUCAGCUCUUUAACACUAGCAACAACUGAUAAUGAUGUUUCGAAAGCCAGGCUGGUACCAAUUUCGCUUCACGACAUGAAAUACUUUGAUUUGCUGAUCAACUUGAUAGUGGUUCAUGGUGUAUACGCUAAUUUGCCCCGUGGCAUUGGGAUUCCUCUGGAACAACGAAGAAUCGAACAUUUUCGAACCAGAGACAAAAAGUAUGAAGUCCCCACCGGCCACACCUCUGACUUGUCCACUUUGGAACGCGUCUCAAAUGUCCUCUUCACCAUAUUUACUGCCGCACCUCUAAGAUCCAAUACUAUUGGGAGUCUUUUGCUCAAAGGAGCUGGAUUCACAGAUCUGAUGACUGCUCUUGUUGUUCUCCAGCUUCAUGGCAACGCAGCUCAUCAACACCGGUAUUGUGAUAUGUUCGAAAAGACGGAAGACCUCCAAGAAACAUACCAACUUUUUGCUCUCUACACAAUACUUGUUAAUACCACUACUAACCUACAGUAUAAGGAAUUAGUGCUAUCCAAAUUGGUGACCCUCCCGGUCAGACGAAGCAAUGGCGUCAUCAGUUUAGUUGAUUUCGUUGUAGGGGUCCGCGAAAAUGAAGAGAUCGAUAUCAGCAAAUACAACCGAGUGACUCAACUUCUUGUUACGAAGCCAAAAUCCAUGACCAGCGUACAAUAUUUCUCAAAACUUUUCGACCAGAUAUACGAAGGUCUUACUUUCGUCAACAAGCCGAUUCUCGUUAGCUGCUUGAACAACCUUUUAAGCGAGCUUUAUUUUAAAAACAAACGGAUAAUUAAUGAUUUUCUAUUUCGAAGGAUUUCCGCUGUGCUUUAUAAUGAGACCCUUCGAGAGUUCACAUCCAAAGCGCUGAAUGACACGAUUAAUGUUCUCUUAUCCCUUUCCAAAAAUCCUAGUGUGGAAGUAACAAAUGGCUUAGCAAAUUUCGGCUCGGGAAACUUCUAUCUCACACUGUGGAUCUACUGCAUGUUUUUGCGGAAAAAUCAACAAAUACAACCGCGUAGCGGAACGAAAGAAAUUGAUACGCCGUACUAUAAGGUGGUGUUAUCUUUGCUAAAAGGUUAUCUUGUAAUUAACCGCGCUUAUGAUGCUUUAGAUUUUAUUGUGUCUAAUCUGGUAAACUUUAACCAUACUAGUUGGGGCUACAGUAUUGAUGCUGAAACUCAGCUUCCGCAUGUCAAACUACUGCUUGGUAGGACGGACGUAAGCAAGGACCUGAGAACGUCGCGUACGGAUACUACAGAAGAUCUUAAGAAGGUGCAGCAAGUUUUUCUGGAUAUCGAUCUUGCUGUGGAGCUUUUCGCAGAGCUUUUAAAGUCACUCAACGAACCCGAGGUUGUGAAAAGUAUUUUCCUCUCAGUGAUGAGCCGCUGGGUCAGCACCACAAAAGUCCAAGACACUUCGAAAUCGCUUGCCGCUGAGGACGUUCAAGGUAGCCUACUGGUGUUAGUCGAUCUCAAGUUGAUGGAAAAACUAGACAAUGCAUUCAAAAACGACAUAAUCAAAAAACCAAGAGAUGUUCUGGCAAUGAUCGAUGAACUUCUCGAGUUACGAGAAGAUCAAGACGAAACGAUCAAUUCCGCUGAAGAUUCCGAUGAUGAAAAUGGCGAUUCUGACGACCAAGAUGACGACAAUGAUAAUAGCAGUGAUGCUGACAAAAACCCCUAUGAAGAUGAUGACCUUUUGCAGAACCCAAGAGCCACGAGUGUUUACUUGACACUGCUAAAGCUGCUUUCAACAAUACUGGCCACUACACCAAAGAGAGAUCUCUUGCAGUUUCGCGAGAUAUUGGGAUCGAUAAAGCAGUCGCUAGAGAAGCGGCCAAAUAAUCAAGACUCCCGCUCUCUGGUUUCAAAGCUAAAAGAGCUUUUACAUAGUGAAGACGAUAAAGGUCUUGGAAAGGACUUAACAGAGAGUGACGAUCAGUUUGAUGCAGAGCAGAAACUGCAGCAGGCUAUGCUCAACAUUGAAGACACCCUGCCACCAAUACGUGCACAUGGCCUUCACGAACUGCGGCAACUCAUUGAACGAAAAUCGCCAAUUAUUGAUUUGAAACAAGUUUUGGAGUUGCACGCACGUCUGCUUCACGACAAAGAGCCAUUUGUGUACCUAAAUGCAAUCAAGGGCCUUUCUGUACUUUGCGAGUUUGAGCCAACUCAAACUCUCGACUACUUGCUAGAGGUGUAUUCAGGCGCCGGCGCACAAUCAAAAUUGGGAAAAACAUUAGAUGAUGUACUGAAGGUUGGGGAGGUACUGGUGAACUACGUUGAGACUCAAAAUGAAUUGUUUGGCGGCCAAAUAUCACGCAGAAUUGUCGCAACAUGCUUGGAGAAUAUACAACAACACGAAGCGCUUGAUGCACGUGCGAGGAUGUCUGCUCUCUCGCUUUUGGGCGUUUGUGUGGAAACUAAUUGUUUAGCGAUCCAAAACGAAUUGACAGACAUUGUGGACUGUGCAAUGGGGGUGUUGAGACUAGAAAGAUCCGAAGAUCCCGAAAACCCAUCCAAACUGCUUAGACGCGGUGCUUUGCACCUUCUUCAUUCUUUGGUGAUUUGUGCGGCCCCAAACUUUUUCGCAGGGCCCGAAAGUCACCCAAUGGCGCAACUCCUGAACCUACUGAACUACGUGAAAUCUACGGAUCCAGACUAUCUCGUAUACAACCAGGCCAGUUCCCUGCACGAUUCCAUCCAAAAUCGUCAUCAAUUGGCACUGUCACCAGCGUCAAUUGCCGAUCUGAAUCUCUAG